AUGCUCCCGAAUAAUGAGGUGCGCUUGCCCCCUCUGCGGGCUGCGCAGCCUACAGCAGUGCUUCGCGACAUCACCGCCGAAUUCACCGAGGCUGCUUCCAAGCUUAAGACUGGACAACUCGUCAAGGAUGAAUUAUUUACCCUGUUCGAGGCAGUGGGCGCAUUGGAGAUUAUGGACUCGAAAAUGGAUAGUGGUUAUAUCGCACCCGGCGAAAACCACGUACAAGCGUUGGAGGACGAUUACGAUGUGCGACAGGCCUUGACACCAGAGCAGGUUAUAGGGUUGAUGGAUCAACUUCUUUGCCAUGAAAUGGCAUGGCACAUGGGCCACCCUCUCUCCCAAACCCUCUUCACCUCGAUCUACCUUGAUAAGUUACUUUGGCCAGUUCCGAAAACCAUGGGAGAUGCCCGUUUUGAUCGCAUAUCGAGCGAAUCCCCUCUCAUCAGUCUCGUUCUCCGAGCAUAUUGUCUGGCUCUCGUCAAGGCUUGCGACUUCGUCCAUGCUCGCAUAGCGACCGAAUAUUACUAUGAGGAAGAAGACUUUGUCUCCCAAUUGUACAAUCGCAACCUGCUGUCAGGAUUGGACCCGUCACACUUCUUUCGCCUGCUGGAUCAGGCGGUAGAGUGGGUAGAUGCCCAAGAAACGAUAGAUCGGAAGCUUCGAGACGCUAUUCGAUGCAGACUGCUGUUUCGGCACGAGUUCCUCAGUGCGCUUGACGAAGACCUCGAAGUUCUUGACACCAGGUCAACAGACAAUUUUGUGUCCUGCCUAUCUACCUUGAGUGAUAUUACAGAAACUGUUGCUCAUGGCACACCUGUACCAGAGGCAUUUAGCCUAAAAAUCCAACGGAAGCUGGCCAGCACGGUGCCUCCUCGUCCUAUUGUUCAAAUUAGCCCCGAGGAUGCUCUUGCUCAUCUCAAACGACUUUGCCAAGAUGCAAUCGAUAUGCAGCAGAUGCUGGACUAUAAGGGACCGAGCAACUUCAAGACCGCAAUCUGGAGUCUGCUAUCCCGGAAACCCCAACCGUCUGUUUACAUCCGUUGUCUCCUUCAAGCCCUGAUUGUGAGCGACAUGACCAUCCUGGGCGCGGUCCCAGUCAAGCAAUUUCUGUAUGACGAUCUGGCGGAGCUGGUCUUGCCAUCCAGUGUGUUACUCCAAGCGAACACCGACGAAGUAGAAUUGCCGUCCGACCCUCGGUUCCAGAUUGCCCAAAAGAUGGAAGGGUUUGUGAAACGAUUUUCCCAGCCCUUUGUGGAUACUGUGCGAGCUGCCUGUCUGAACCGCUGUCGAAUCCGUCGAACCGUGUGUCAUACCGUGGUGGAUUGGGACAAUUUACAAAUGGAGGCCGAGGAGCUGGAUCUAGAUCUGCAACGGUUGAGCGACGAACACCCGCUGCAAAUGAAAGGAGGUGAAACCACAUUUUCUUUCCCACUCAGCAGCUGGGCCUACCACCAAAAACUCAUUCAGAUCCGACGUAUCAUCCAGAUGGGCUUCGAACUGUCGAUCUACGCACCCGAGGAAUUGGCGGGGAUGUAUUGGUACCUGUCGUACAUCUGUUCCACCCACCUCGGCCAUCUCGACCGCAUCCGCACCUUCACUGUCGCGGCGCGCAAACGAGAUCUCAUUUCCGCCGGUGAUCGCUCGGUCGACUCGCAAAAGUCAGCGGCCUUCCACCGCUCAUUCCGGACCCUGGAGAGAAUGACCACCCAGCUAAUAGCAGUCGACGCAUUUGCAAUCGCUCUACACGCUCUAUUCGUGCUUCUCACGCGACAUGGGGUUCUUCCUUGCGCUGCAGGUGCGGACGCUUACUCCACCGAUCGACUGCGCUACGAACUGCGCAUGAAACCGUUUAUCCCAAUCUCUCUUCCCGAGCUGGUUCCCUUUGAGGAGUUCCAACGGGAAUCGGCGCUAGAGGGCGAUUCCGAUGCGAUCAUUCUGGAUCGCGCUAGCAAGGCGAUUACGGAAGCUCGGAAGGCGUGGGAUGUGUUGCAUUCUCAAGGGGCUUUCCUCGAGGAAGCUGGGUCUGGGUCUGGGUCUGGCGCUGGUAAAGAACCGCCUAGCGCAAUUGAGGAGGACUGGAAGCGGGAUGUCAAGGAUGCGAUGCGGGCGUGCAUUGGAGCGAGCAUUUCGAUUGAAACGGUGCGGAAGGCGCUAGGGAGCAACCCGUCGCCGUCGGCCGGGCAGCCGUUGAACCUUGAGGUGACGAUCCCUGAGAUCGGCAGUAAAUCGCGAUGGCAUGAGUGGUGGGUUGUGCCGCAAGUGAGCGAGAAGAAGAACCAGUGA